AUCAUAAAACCACCUUACAAAAAGGAGAGCACCGAACCAAUGAUAGUUUUUCCAGAAAAUAAAACAAUUAUGAUUGUGUAAAUAAAAUAAACAUCGUUUUGAAGAUCACUUUACGGAAAUUAAAUACGUUUAAUUCGUUUAGAUAGUAAGAAACUUAUCGUGGUUUUAAAAUGCGAAACGUCUCAGUGAUAAAAGUGUUAUUACUAGGAAUGUUAGGUUAGUGUAAGUUUUUUUUGGGUAAUGGAAUAUCCCAUGCAGGAUUUCGAUAACAGCGACGAAACAGAGUUUUUAUUAGAUCAUUCGACAAACCAUGGUAGCGAAAUGGAAACGUAUACCGUUCCAAAUCGUACCAGAAAAUCAUCGCGCAGAAGAAAUUUUUUAGGGGUUAUAUGUGGCUGUUGGUGCUCUUUGUGGCGAAGAUGUUGCGGGCCGAGAGAAUUACGACCACGGACUAUAUACUUGGGAAAACCCACAAUGGGUCAAUUCCCUGCAAACGCCAUCAGAAACCAAAAAUAUAACUUUUUUACUUUUUUGCCGCUGGUGCUUUAUCAGCAAUUCAAAUUCUUUUUGAACCUUUACUUUUUAAUUAUGGCAACGAGUCAAUUUGUACCCGAUAUAAGAAUUGGUUACCUAUAUACUUAUUGGGGUCCUUUAUGUUUUGUUUUAUUCGUUACAAUUUGCCGAGAAGCCAUUGAUGAUUUACGAAGACACAAAAGAGAUCAAGAAGUGAAUAGUCAAAAAGUGAGGAGAAUGUUUAAUAUCGAUGGUGGUUUUGAAACCGUUGCCGCAUCAAAAUUAAAAGUUGGAGAUUUAAUUUUAGUGGAUAAAGAAGAACGAGUCCCUGCAGAUUUAGUUCUUUUACGUACAUCAGAUCGUAGUGGCUCAGUUUUUGUUCGAACUGACCAAUUAGAUGGUGAAACUGAUUGGAAAUUACGCCUUGCGGUUCCAACCACUCAAAAAUUACCCCACGAUAAGGAUUUAGUUCAAUUAAAUGCUUCGAUUUAUGCUGAAAAACCACAACGUGAUAUCCAUUCAUUUAUUGGAACUUUUAGUCGACACGAUGCGAUGAAUGGAGAUGAAAGUCUUGAUUUAAGAAAUACUUUGUGGACAAACUGUAUAAUCGCUUCAGGUCAAGCUUUGGGUGUUGUAAUUUAUACAGGACCAGAAACUAGAUCUGUUAUGAAUAAUUCUCAACCGAGAUCAAAAGUUGGCUUAUUAGAUAUGGAAUUAAACACUUUAACGAAGCUUUUAUUCGCGGCCGUUGUUGGUUUAGCACUUUUAAUGAUGGUUUUAAAAGGAUUCGCCGGACCGUGGUAUCGAUACAUGUUUAGAUUUAUUCUUUUAUUUUCAUAUAUCAUCCCAAUAAGUUUACGAGUUAAUUUGGAUAUGGGGAAAUCUUAUUAUUCUUGGUCGAUUGGUCGUGAUCCUGCAAUGAAAGGUACAGCUGUAAGAUGCACAACGAUUCCGGAAGAAUUGGGACGAAUUUCAUAUUUGCUAAGCGAUAAAACAGGAACGUUAACUCAAAAUUCGAUGGUCUUAAAGAAGUUACAUCUGGGAAACACAUGUUAUACACAAGAUGGAUUUACAGAUUUAUCUGCAAUUCUUAAACUCGUUUAUGCUUCAACAAGUGGUUCCGAUACAAAACAAACAAGUAGUAAAUUUAGGCGUUCCGAUAAUACACGGAUCAUUGACGGAGUUCAAGCUUUAGCUUUAUGUCACAAUGUAACUCCUGUUUAUGAAGCUGGCGAGGAUAGCGAAACAAGUUCAGUUGGGUCAGAUGCGGAAGCAGAUCAACAUAUUCAAAUUCAAGUGCAAGACGUUCCGAUGUCUUAUCAAGCUUCAAGUCCCGACGAAGUGGCCCUUGUUCAAUGGACGCAAGAAGUGGGGUUAACUUUAAGUCACCGCGACCUUCAAACGAUACAAUUAAAAGCGCCAAAUGGGAAGCUGUUGAAUUAUUCCAUCUUGCAAGUUUUUCCAUUCGAAAGUGAAACAAAACGAAUGGGAAUUAUUGUAAAAGAUUUACAAUCGGGAGAGAUUGUUUUUUAUUUAAAAGGAGCUGAUGUGGUUAUGGCUGCGAUUGUCCAAUAUACAGAUUGGUUAGAAGAGGAAGUUGGAAAUAUGGCUAGGGAAGGUUUAAGAACUUUGGUUGUUGCUAAAAAAAUACUCUCCGAGGAACAAUAUAACGAUUUUGAGAAUCGUUAUAAAGCUGCUAAUAUGUGUGUGACCGAUCGUUCAGCUCGCGUAGCGCAAGUUGUUGAAUCUUUAGAACGGGAAAUGGAAUUACUGUGUGUAACUGGAGUUGAAGAUAAAUUGCAGGAUAAUGUACGACCAACUUUGGAAGUUUUAAGAAAUGCUGGGAUCAAAAUUUGGAUGUUGACUGGUGAUAAAUUAGAAACGGCUACUUGUAUUGCGAAAAGUUCAAGAUUAGUUUCAAGAACUCAAGGAUUACACAUUUUCAAAAAUGUAACGACUAGAACGGACGCUCACCAUGAAUUAAACAAUUUUCGUCGUAAAACUGAUUGCGCCCUCGUGAUCAGUGGAGUUAGUCUCGAAGCAUGUCUCUCCUGUUAUGAACAAGAAUUUAUGGAACUAGCUUGUUUGGCGCCAUCGGUAGUUUGUUGUCGAUGCUCCCCAACACAAAAAGCACAAGUUGUUCAGUUAAUUCAAAAAUACACAGGGAAACGAACAGCGGCUGUUGGAGAUGGGGGAAAUGAUGUCAGUAUGAUCCAACAAGCUGAUGCAGGGAUAGGUAUCGAAGGUCGCGAAGGGAAGCAAGCUAGUUUAGCUGGCGAUUUUAGUAUUCCUCAAUUUUCACAUUUGGCACGAUUAUUAUUAGUGCAUGGAAGAAGGUCUUAUAAACGAUCGGCGUCGUUAUCUCAAUUUGUUAUUCAUCGUGGGUUAAUUAUUUCGGUGAUGCAGGCUGUUUUUAGCAGUGUUUUUUAUUUGAGUUCUGUUGCAUUGUAUCAAGGAUUUUUGAUGGUGGGAUAUGCAACGGUUUACACUAUGUUCCCUGUGUUUAGUUUGGUUUUGGAUCAAGAUGUAAAAGCUGAAAUAGCGUUAACUUAUCCCGAAUUAUAUAAAGAUUUGGCGAAAGGACGUAGUUUAUCGUAUAAAACGUUCUUUAUGUGGGUGCUAAUUUCAAUAUAUCAAGGAGGAGUUAUAAUGUAUGGAGCGUUAUUGUUGUUUGAAGAUGAAUUUAUACACAUAGUGGCAAUCAGUUUUAGUUCGUUAAUAUUAACAGAACUGAUAAUGGUGGCCUUAAACAUACGUACGUGGCACAAGUUGAUGGUGAUAGCGGAACUAUUCUCUUUGGCACUUUACGUGCUUUCACUUAUAGUAUUGCACGAUUACUUUGACUCCGAAUUUAUUAGAACUUUGGCUUUCCUUUGGAAAGUAUUAGUGAUCACGCUUAUAUCCUGUCUCCCGCUUUACGUCUUGAAGAUUUUAAGGAAGAAAUUUUCACCACCGAGUUACAGCAAAUUAUCUUAAACAGAAACCAGAAACGUACAUAAAUGUUUAUAAAUUUCUAUUUCGUUUUUUA